GGUGGUGGCUACGAUCGACCUCGCUUUGGCCGAACCGGCCACCGGGCCCGUGUCAGCCGUCGCCGUCGUGGCAAUUAUGCCUUGCCUCCGGAUUUCAGCGAGGAUCCAAGUACUCCGGCCCGCCCGCUCGCUCAACCACCUCCAACGCUGACAUGCUGUUCCCUCUCCUUAUUAAUUCCCCGCACUUUCCGUAUGUCACAAGUGACGAAGGAGGCAGCCACACACAGCCUCGAUCCCAAAGCUGGGAGGAAGGAAGAAGCUUCACCUUCACGUGGUGCCCGCCCAGGUAUGCUCCCGGCCGGCUCCCGCCAACCACCCGGGCGGGCGACGUACUACUACUAGUAACAGACAACGCCCCGCUAACCGCAGCUAGCUAGCACGGCGACCCAUCCAUAACCAUACCACACACCACACCACACACCGGCGCCGAAUAGAUUGGUACUCCAACUCCAGUCCAAUAAUACUACAUUGCCCAACAAGACAGACGAGGAAGACGGUCGAGUGAGUAGGAAGGAGGAGGAUACAAUAUUCUGCGUCGCGGGAAAAAGGUUUAGGUUUGGUGCGUAGCUUCCCGGUUGACUUCUCCGUGGGAUCUUUGGUUGUUUCCUUUGGUUUGGUGCCCGAUCGUUCCACUCCAACUGAUUCAUCCGUCCACCAAAGCUAGGCAGCGAGCGAGGGAUCGCUCCGCAGUAGUGGAUAUACACUAUAUAGCCGGGCGUUUCUUUUCGGGUUUUGUCGUGGAUGAGUGCUGCGUUGGCGGCAGAGGCAGGAGGAGCAUGGCGGCGGUGAGGAGGGUGGCAGCCUGGUCGUCGCUCGUCGGGCGGGAGAUCAAGGCAGCCGAUGACGAUGGCUUCGUGGUGGGCGCGCCCGCGGCGGCUGUCACGACGCAGGAGCCGGGCCCGUCGGCCACGGCGGCCAGGAUCACGCCCGCCGUGCUCUUCAUCACGGUCGUGCUCGCCGUCGUGCUGCUCGUCUGCGGCCUGCUCCACAUCCUGCGCCGCCUCUUCCUCAAGAGCCACCGCGCCAAUGCCAGGGCGGAGGCCGUGGAGCGGCAGCUGCAGCAGCUCUUCCACCUGCACGAGGACGGCGCCGGCCCCGGGCUCGACCAGGCCGCCAUCGACGAGCUGCCGGCGUUCGCCUACGCCGAGCUCUCCGGCUCAGGGGCCAGCUCCGGCGCCAAGGGGCAGCGCCAGUUCGACUGCGCCGUCUGCCUCAGCGAGUUCGCCGCCGACGACCGCCUCCGCCUGCUCCCGCUCUGCGGCCACGCGUUCCACGUCGCCUGCAUCGACACCUGGCUCCGCUCCAGCUCCACCUGCCCGCUCUGCCGCACGGCGCUCUCGGUCCGCGCGCGCUCCGCCGUCGCGGCGGCCGCAGACGCCUCCGGUGAGCCGGACAUCGAGGAGCAGGAGGAUGCGUCGGCGUCAAAGGAGGUCGCCGUCGUGCUUCCUGUCAGGCUCGGCCGGUUCAAGAACGUCCAGGGCAACAACACCGACGUCGAGGCGGGAACGAGCAGCCGCCUCGACGCGAGGAGGUGCUUCUCUAUGGGCUCCUCAUACCAGUACGUGCUCGCCGACGACAACCUGGCGGUGUCCGUGCACUGGCGUCCCGGCGACGGCAGCGUGGCCAUGCGCCCCGGCGUGACCACGGCGGGCAGUGACCAGCAGAACAAGAAGGUCUGCGCCGCCAGCCGCGGCGACAGCUUCUCGGUGUCCAAGAUCUGGCAGUGGGGCCGCAGCGGAAGGCGGCUCCCCGGCCUCCCCGCCGGCUCGUCCUCCACGACGGAGGGCCUCCCGUGGGCGUCGCCGGCGAGCACACGCAGCACGAGGCAAGAAACAGACACCUGAUAACGAUGGUAGAAUCGAUACACAGAUACACACACAUGCAUAUGUAUGUCGUCCUGUGCCAUUUAUUUGUUCGUUAGUGCUACGAGUAGCUAGCAAUAAGCAUUUCAUGUUAAGAGUUUUGAUGCCUUUUUGGCGAAUCUUUUCUGGUAAUGUUAUCUGGUUGACGCUCUCCGGGAAGUAGUUUUAGUUGUGACGAUCAAAGGGUGACAGUUUCUGUUCC